ACACAUGUACGGAUGUCCCCACUCUACAAUUUAUUCUUACAAGCAUACCACUCAUGGACUAUUAAAAAUGGAUAAAAAAUAAGUAUGUUGCGUGAUUGAAAGUAGCGUAUGCAAGUGAAUUUUAGUUUUUAAAUGACUGCGUAUAACGGAGUUACCAUAAAUUAUUUAUUGGAAUAUAUUUCUAUCAGUUAUUCAUUAAAAACGCCUGGUUGAAAAAAUAAUAUACAUAUUUAUAUAUAGUUCAUGAUAUUUUCAACCCGAAAAUCAAAUAACAAAAAACCUUAUAUAGUAUUUACUAUAAGAUAUGAUUAUAAGUGGAUACGUGUCACGACGAAGACGAAGACGAUAAUAAAUUAUUAAAUCAUCAUCAUGGCACCUACAAAACGAAGACCCCUUCAUAAUUCUACGGGAACUGGAUCACCUGGAGGUAGUUUUAGAUCACGUGGAAUGAAUUUUCGUCCAAGCGCUGGAAUCCAGGAAGACCGAGGUGGCACAAGACCAACUCCACCACCAGCCUCUGUAGGUCUUGUAUUAAUUAGUAUGGUAAUUCAUCUAUGUAAAAAAUCACUGCUCUUUGAUCCAAGACUUAAAAUUGUUAUCUACUGCGGCGCUAUUUUUAUUGUAUCACUUAUAGCGGACUUUGUAACAAUGCCCAAAAGUUAUUUUUCAAGAUCUGACAAUUUAUUUAAUCGUUAUUUUGUAAAAUGGGGCUGGGGAUGGCUUCUGACAGUGACAGUACCAUGGGUUGCACUGACAGCACAUACUAUAGGCUGUGGUAGACGUCCUAUUCUUAUAAAACAUUUAGCUAGACUUGUUUUAGCUACACUAGCCUGGUUACUGUGGACCAAACUCUUUCAUUUUAUUGAAACAAAUCAUGGAAGAUGUUUAAAUACUAAAGAUUUACAAUUACAAACUAAAACAAAAUGCCUACAGGCUGGUAAAUUUUGGAGUGGUUUUGAUAUUUCUGGUCAUACAUUUAUACUAAUAUACUCAAGUUUAAUUUUAGCUGAAGAAGCUGCUUCAUUCCUUGGAUGGGAAAGUAUUAAAGAUCAUAUUAUGAAAGAAGAGUACAGCCGUACUACCAAUGAAGUUAGUAGUGGAAUGCUACGAAAUUUAUCUGAUACUGAUAUGGACUUUCUUAAAAGAGCACAUAAUAUAUUUACGCCGUAUUUACGAGGAUUAUUCAUCAUAAUGACUCUUCAACAAUUGCUAUGGGAUAUUAUGCUUGUAUCCACAAUUCUUUACUAUCAUAUAAUGAUUGAAAAAUUUAUUGGCGGUGUUAUUGCUAUUUUAACUUGGUAUGUUACUUAUCAAUGGUGGUUCAAGUUACCAAAAGGUGGUUUGAUGGCACCUGGUGAAGGUGUCUUCAAAUAUUAUGAGCCUAAAGUACAUCAGAGCAUACCUACGUCUAGACUAAGACGUACUACACUAAAUGGAAACACUCCUACAUUUAUGGGAAUGCCUAUUCGUAAACCUCAACAACAGCAGCCGCAGCAACAACCACAACAACAACAACAAGUUAAUAGUGAAUCUUGUACAUCGAGACAAGAGUCUGAAACUAUUUCUACUCGAUAAUAUAAGUAAAUUUUUUAAUGAUAAUUGAGUACGUUUGUACAGUACGUUAUAAAUAUUAUAUUCAUGUUUAUAAAUAAAUUCAAUAACUAUUUUAAAUAAUUAAAAUUUUAAACUCUUUAAGGCUAUUCUCAGGCAUUGCCUCCCACUUAUUUAAAAUAUGCAAUGACUUUAAAUUGUAAUGAUAGUAUUAAAAUUUUGAUAAUUAAUUUAAAAAAAGUUAACGCAUUAAUUGAAAAAAAGACAACGCAGUUACAAUUUCGCCGAGACAAAUUUAAAAAAAAAUUAUUUACAUUUGAUAUCAAUUAGGAGUUAAACGAAAUUUGGAAAAUAAAUUUUAGUAAAAUCUUCAUGUCAACAUUAUAAUUCGAAACGUCAAAUUUUUCAGGCUAAAAUUCAUUUACCAAAUUUUGUUUAACUCUUAAUGAUAACAACUGUGAGUAAUUUUUUUUUAAAUCUAUAUCUUAGUGAAAUUGUAACUGCGUUGUUCUUUUUUCAAUUAAUGCUUUAAUUUUUUUUAAAUUAAAUAAUAAAAUUUUAAUACUGUUAUGACAGUUAAAGGUUAUUGAAUAUUUUUUAAAAAUGGGGGGGGGAGGCACUGUUGAAGAAUGCCCUUAAGGGGAUACGGUACCGGACCUCUUUCUCACACUCAGAAAAAUAAACGGGACUGUCUUUGUUGCACUCGUAGAGUAAAUGAGAAUUUUAAAACAAUUUUUCUCGGAGACGAAUUAGAAUUUAUGAAAAUACGAAAUUUCUAGCUCUUUGUUAAGGCUUUAAAAAACGCUAAAGACUCUCUAUUUUAGGUUUCUAAUGUUUGUCCGUAAAUUAAAUUGAAUUGAAAAUCGGUUACCGUUACCCCUUAAUACUAUUGUACAAAAAAAUAAACUACAAUCGAAAAAAUCACAAUGAAUUGCACAAUUGUUUACUGACUUGAUAAAAUUAAUUUAAAUUUAAAUGUUUAUUAUUUUUUUUUCGUUAUCGAACGUCCGUUUUUUAUUACGUACUGUCUCAAUUAUCUUGAUUGGGUUUCAUUUAAAAAAAUAAAGUAUAUACGUAUUUAUCAAAUCAUUUUUAUAUUAUUGAAUUUCACAGAAAUGAGGUAGUUUAUUAUUAUUACAAAAGUAAAUAGUAAACAAUUUAAAAUAUUUGAUAAUUAGUAAUGAUCAUUAAUAAUUAAUUUUGACAUUUAAAUUAUACGUUUUAAAUAAUUAUUUAGCUAUCAACGGAUUGUUUAUUAAAUGUG